CCAUUCAUAAAAUAGCCAUUUUCCCAGGCAGCGGCUUUGCAGCACCGCGGCGGAGCGGGGGCAGCGGAGCCGCUGUCAGAGCCGCGCUCGCAGCUCCGCGCUCUCAGCCCCGGUCCCGGCGGGCUCCGCUCGCGGCGCAGAGAUGCUCCUGGCCGGGCUCCCUCGGGACACCUAAGAGCAUAUUUCUCACCAGUGCCCAGGCUGCUUUAUCAAUGGAGCCCCGGAUUCCGCACAACAUCACUGUCGUCCCCAACUCUGUGAUGGUCCAGCCCCUGCUGGACAGCCGGAUCCCCUACGGGAGGCUGCAGCACCCGCUCACCAUCCUGCCCAUCGACCAGAUGAAGACAACCCACAUAGAGAACGACUACACUGACAACCCCACUGCUCCCCCCCCAGCAGCCCCCAAGCGGCCCCGGGGUCCCCACGAAGCGGCCCCGAGCCAGGCGCUGCGCUGCGAGCAGGACGUCACCCACCCCUGGAUCUCGUUCAACGGGCGCCCCAGCUCCAUCAGCAGCAGCAGCAGCACCUCAUCCGACCAAAGGCUCUUGGACCACAUGGCCCCCGCGCCCGUGGCUGAGCAGUCCUCACCCAGGGCGGUGCGCAUCCAGCCCAAAGCGAUCCACUGCAAACCCCUGGACCUGAAGGAACCGGUGUCUCAGGAACUGGACAAGCACUUUCUGCUGUGCGAAGCCUGUGGGAAAUGCAAGUGUAAGGAGUGCGCCCUGCCCCGGACUCUGCCGUCAUGCUGGGUGUGCAACCAGGCGUGCCUCUGCUCGGCUCAGAGCCUGGUCAACUACUCCACCUGCAUGUGUCUGGUCAAGGGCGUCUUCUACCACUGCACCAACGAGGACGACGAAGGCACGUGUGCCGACCACCCCUGCUCCUGCUCCCAGUCCAACUGCUGCGCCCGCUGGGCCUUCAUGAGCGCCGUGUCGCUGGUGCUGCCCUGCCUGCUCUGCUACCUGCCCGCCACCGGCUGCGUCAAGCUGUCCCAGUGCUGCUACGACCGCCUGCGCCGGCCCGGGUGCAGGUGCAAGAACACAAACAGUGUCAUGUGUAAGGCAUUGCCCGAGAGCAAAGCCAGCAGGGCUGAGAAGCCCUUUUGAUAGUUUGGGAAGGCGGGAGGGGGGAGGAUGCUCCCCAUGGGGCAGAGUUGGGUUUUUUCGUAACCUGUGUUCUGAGUAUAACACGAGCCUUUCACCUCCAGAGAAAGCAGAAGCAACUAUUUCUACAAAUAGAAGCACUUGGGGUCAGUCAGGGUUUUGGAACUGGUCAGCAUUUAACUUCAUAGGGCCAAAGGAGGAAUCUGAAUCACUCAGAGCAAAGUCUGCAAACCCACAUACAACGUGAUACACAGCACGACACGCAGCUACUCACCAUGCCCACUGCAAGGACCCGCAGCUACUCACCCACCAGAGCACCGGCACACACAGCAUCCACCGCUGCUUGCAGAACACUGCCCUUGGCUGACAGCCAGCACAGGGUUCUUGUUUUCUCCCCUCCCAAGCCCCAGUCACUCCCUGUUGCAGGUGGAGGCAGUGCUCCCACCCCUCCCUGCCCACCUGCUCCAUUAUCAGGGCCACCUGUGCGCAGCAAACCCUUCCCUCAAGCUUUCUGCCUCCCUCAGAGGGUCUGAACCAGAAGUAGACACACAGCACAGUGCUCUGUUGUGUGCCCACCUGCUUGUGUUGCUUUGGAGCAGAACAGGGGGACAUGUCCGGGACAUGUCCUGACAUCGCACUGCUCUGCCCCAAUCUGUAGCACCAGGUUUCAUCCCACUGAAUGCUGAUUUUACACCAACAGCACACACCUGCCCUAAAAGGUUCAAAUCCCAUUUCCCUGCCAUGUGCUUGCUUCCAGGUGCUGGAGCAAAAGCAGUGUUAACCCAGUCCGUGAAGUUCACAUAUUGUGUAUUUGUUUCUCUAAAAUCCUCAACCCACAAAGUCUGAAGUGCAGGAUACAUGUAGGUGUAUUUGUAUAAGGCCAUCACCCAGUACCUCCUCUCCUGGGGCAAGCUCUUUGCUCGUUAGAUAUUCAUUUUUUUUCAUCCUGGGGGAGGAUGGCACUUGCGUGCAUCACGUCCCAUUCCCCCAUUUCUAUUGCUGCUGUUCAGCUUUUACAUCCCCUGUACAAAAGCAGAGAAUGCUUCUAACAUUUAUUUUAGCAUAAACAAAUGCUUGGGAAAGCCAGGGAGGGACAGGAGCACCUGUAAAGGAUUUGCCUGUGGUGUUCAGUGAGAGAAGCGCUCGCACUGGGGGGCUGUGCUCCCUGGAGCAGUGGUAACCCCAUUGCUCUGGCAGCUGCGAGGUGCUGACUAACCACAUUUCCCCAAGCACGCAAUGCUGUCCUAAGCGGGUAGGUACUAGUUGCAUGCUGAAAACGGAUCCAGUCUAUCUUUUCUCUUUAUUU